AUGUCCCUCAUGUUGAACAGCGAGCACUAUUUCGCCUACAUCACGAGAGCUCACAGCUGGCUCAAAGCUGGGCGUACAUCAUCCUUAGUCGCCAUUAUGCCAGAGUCUACAACCACCAAAGAUGAGGCCCGUACGGAGCUAGGUCGGCAGGCCUUUAGCGAACCACACAGGAGCACAUGUGCCGAGUGCUCUCUACUUGACGAUCAAGAGUUGUUGAACAAAGCCCAAACGAUAGCUGUAGACAUGGCGUCUACCCUAGGGCUACAGCAGUCGCAAUUCAGAACUGACAUUCAACCUAACCUGGCGGAGCUGGAAGAGAACAACGACAAAGGAUGGGAACAAGUUCAAAGUUUUGUCUCUGAUGCUAUUACCAACACCUAUAGGGAAUCAGUCAUCCUUCCCGCCGAACUCAUUGAUCUCUCCAGCAUGAUGCUCGACGUUUUGCAAGAGGAGAACAAUCCAGAAGGCUCCGUGCCGUUCCCUGUAGACACGCUUCGCGCCUUCGGGAAUAGGAAGCGUCCAUCUAUUCUCACAACGCUUGGGCGAUUCUUAUGA